CUGCAGCAGGUUCUCGUUUCCAUGGUGACGGCGCCGCGUCGGGCCUGGGUUCGCAUCAGAAGCCGCCCCCAUGGAGGAGUCGUUUCCCACCGUCUUGCUGCCCGGCGAAGCCGAAGCCUUGGUGCAGACACUGAAAGUUUUUCAGCUGAAGGAUAUCGGGGACCACGGGUGGCUGCGGCAACAUGAGUAUGUUGAGAAGCUGAAUAUGCAGGCUAUACUGAGUGCUUCUGCUGGGGAGGAGCAGUUGCUCACUGAGUUUCUGGUGAAUUAUGCCAAGGUCUCCACUCUCAUUGAGGAAUUGAUCACUGUGGAGAUCUGGAAGCAGAAGAUCUUCCCUAUAAUGUGCAGGCUAGAGGAUUUCAAACCAAAAAGCACCUUCCCCAUAUACCUAGUGCUGCGUCAUGAAGCUUCAAUUAUUAAUCUCUUGGAGACCGUGUUUUUUCACAAGGAAAUUUGUGAAUCAGCAGAAGAUACCAUUCUGGACUUGAUAGAUUAUACCCAUAGGAAGCUGACCCUUCUAGCAGCUCGAAAUGCCAGUGGGAAGAUACCACAUGAACAGAAGCUUCAGCCUGAGGAUCUGGCCAAUGCUUCAUCAAUGCAGGAGUUAAAGAAGCAAGCUGAAUUAAUGGAAUUUGAGAUCUCAUUGAGAGCCUUGUCUGUGUUCCGUUUCAUCACUGAUCAGAUAGAGAGUUUGCCUGUGAGUGCUGUAACAAGGAUGUUAAAUACCCACAACUUUCCAUGUCUUUUGGUACAGUUGGUAGAGCAUUGUCCAUGGAGCUGCCGGGAAGAAGGAAAGCUGAAGAAGUUUGAGAAUGGGGCAUGGUAUGUCGUGCCACAUGAAGACUGUGUCAAGAUGACUAAGUUGGACGGGCAAGUGUGGAUUGCUCUCUACAAUCUCCUCCUUAGCACAGAAUGCCAGCGCAAGUACAACUUCAACAACUUCAACAAAAGCCAGCUCCUGAAGCUUCGUGCCUUCCUGACUGAUGUCCUCAUUGACCAGUUCCCGAAUCUUGUGGAGAUGCAGAGAUUCCUAAGCCAUCUUGCUGUGAAUGAUCCUGCUCCACCCAAGAAAGAUCUUAUACUAGAGCAGGUUCCUGUAAUCUGGGACAGGGUUGUCAAAGAAAAUUCUGGGAAAUGGCAAGCAAUUACCAAGCAUCAGGUAAACACAUUUAGCCCUUCAGAGGAGGAGCUGAGAAGCCAGGCUUGCAGAUGGGCACAAACAUACAACCUAGAUGUGAUGGAAGCUCUGGUCCCAGACAAGCCAAAAUGUGGAAUGUGCGGGUCUGAGGCAGCAAAGCGCUGCUCUCAUUGCCGGAAUGAAUGGUAUUGCAGACGAGAGUGUCAGGUACAGCACUGGCAGAAGCACAAGAAAGCUUGCAACCUAAUGACAGAUGCCUUGAAGAAGAUACAGGAAGAUGUAAAGAUAUAGGCAAAGCCCACCAAGUAAUGCCCGUGGGCAGAAGAAUUUUCUCUUGUUCCUCCUUUGAUAAAUUAGCAAAAGUCAGAGUUUCAGAUUAGAAAAAAACCCCUCAGUUAACAGCAGACACAGGAAGCUGCUUGAUCUUUAGUUGUAAACAGAUCUCAGCCAAAUACAGCCUAGAAAGGAGGAACAUCACACUCAAAUCCUGGAAGAGCUCACGCUCUGAAAAGCUGAACCCACUUGGUAGAGAAACAUCCCUGAACUCACAAUUUUGUUGCCACAGACACCACAGGUGCUUUCCUCUCCUGGAGGCUAUGGUGAGUGUUGGGUGCUACAAAUUCUGUACUGGUGACUGAAAGCUGUUUAUUUCCAUACACAACAGCAACAAGUGCAAACAAAUACUGAAGAGACUUCUUGCGAAUUUGAUAGAGCUGUGUUUUGUUGUUACAAGGGUUGUUCUUACUUGUUCUAUCCAGCCUUUUAUAGAUCACCCUAGAUACUGCCUUAGACCAACCACAUGCCUACCCAGUCCCAUGACACUGAAACGAGCUAUAGUCUCUGCAACAGUGGAAUAAUUGCAGAAGUAAUGAAGCUGUCUUCUAAGACUUUUCUUCUUACAAACGAAUCCAUUGAUUACAGCUGCCCAUAGUGUCUGCUUUGAGAACAGAAACCUGAGCCUUAAUUUUAAAAAGUAUUUCUGGAGAAUUCUCAUCCGUAACCCAAACAGCUUAGAUCUCCUCUUCUGGAAUAUCUUCUGAGACAUUUCCCACACACUGUUCUAUGCUGUUGGAUAGUGUUGCUGUCAGAUCUUACUAUGCCUUCUUGCUUUGUCGUUUACUGAGAAAAAUCUUAAAGCACUAAAGAUCCCAUUCAGAGCCAGCCUGGUUUUCAGCACUAUGGAGUGUUCAGAAACCGUGAAUCCCUCCAACCCUCAGUUUUCUGUAUUUGUCACAGUUCCUGUAAAAUAUGAGGAAUGUAAAUGUAAUUUUGAAAUUACAGGUAUAUCCUGCAUAUCCAGGCCUCAAUCCAGAUAAUCAAUCAUGCUUCAGUCUUAGAACAAUUUGGCCUUAAGUUUCUAAAGGGCUAGCCACAUGUUACAUGCAGAUGUGUGUGACUGUAGCCCAGCAACCCUUUUGGAAGAACUGUUGCUGGAGAGGAUGAUUAUAAGCAGAAAGAAGAGGGGUUGCUUAACCAUUACCCUGCUCAAAUUGCUCCCACACAGCUUUUCCUCCAUUGGGUUUCAAAAGUGUGUUUGUAAGGGCUACCCUUACGCACACUUGUGUGCAACAUGUAGGUGUUUUUUUUAAUGCCAUGAAUUUCAGCAAUGUAUGCUUUGGUUUCAACAGGAUUUGAAAAACUAGUUUAUGCCAUUCUGUUUAUACAAUUGAUUUCAACAUAACAUAGGUCCAAUUAAUUAACUUUGGGUCAAGGCCUUGAUGUUUACAAGUCCUUUGCUGUGUCAAAAUAAUGUACAGGGGUUUUUUGUACUUAUGGAAGUAAGGGAGGUGAAGAAGGUUGACAGAGGCAGUGUGUUACAAACAUUCGCAUCUAGUUGCUGAAUUGUACAGCUUUACAUCAGCAGCACUGAGUGCUAAGCUGAGAAGGGGGAAAGGAUGUGGUCAAUUAAAGAAUUUCAGUUUGCUGAGCUGUAUGUUUUCACAGUUGAGUAUAACAUAUGACAUCUUCUUUACUGGUGAGAAAGUUGACUGUUGUUUUAUCCUUUUUUUGUUAUUAAAACUUAAACGAAAAACUU